AGUCAGUAUAUUCCCAACAUGCGAGCUCUUCACAUCUGUUUGCUGUUGUUAUUAAUCUUGGGCAUUGGAUUGGCGGCUGGGGCUCCAUCGAUUGGCCUUCGUGAGCGCCGUCAAAUCGACUUAACGCUAUCCGCAGAGCACGACGACAAGGAGGACGAAACGGAGCUGGCAUUGGAGGCGAUAGCCGGCCUGUGGAGCAGUGCGGACAGCCGCACCAAGAUCGAAGGCUCCGCUCGAGUGGUGCAUCGCGUCAAUAGCCUGCAAACGGGUUCCGAGCAGGAUUGGCGUCUUGGAGUGCGUGUUGUGUUCAGCURAUGGAGKARGGAGGAAGGAUGACAAAUGUGCAAAGGCUUUGCUACCAAAUGACUAAUGGCUAAUGGAUGAUUCCCAAUGGCAUAUCUACAGAUUGCGUGCUGGCUCUACACAUUUUUCAUUCUUGCUUUAAUUGAUAACACUUUGACCUUUUGCUACGAUUGCGUUUGUAUUCGAGUUCGUCAACUAAAUUGUAAUUGCAAAAAGCCUCUUGGACUUGUUUGCUUUAUUGUUUACAAAUUUUCUGCUUAAGAUUAACAACA